ACUAUCUCAUGUGUGUUUGCUGACACAUGGUCGGUUGUGAUAACAGCUCUGGACAGCACUGGACAUGUGCGACGGGGAAAAUGAAAAUAGUCUGAGAGCAGUGAAAGCCAGGCUGGUAUCUCCAUCUCUUCAGUAGAAUGACAGACACACGCUGUUACUUCCUCCUCCUUGUGUUUGUCCGUCUAUUUCAACGAAGGAGAAAAAAACGCAACAGGGAGAAGUGCGAGACAUGUGGGUUAAGCUUCUUCUACAGGCGAACUUAUAUCCGAUGCAAAUAGGCACAGCGCCUUUAGAACGCACGCACUGCACGACUUUUGAACGUCCAGCGCCUUCGAAGCCACGCAACUGGAACAAGUCACAAUCGUUGAACUUUGGGAAGGUGCGCACCGCUGGAGUUUAGUCCUGAUAUUUUAAUGUGUGGAGAACACCCCGAGAGCUUGGCGUUCUGUUCUUCAUGCGUGCAAUGCCCUCUCGUAGUCGGAGGGAAAGCGCGGCAGGGGGACAAAAGGAAGACGAGGCGACCGAGGAGGACGACAGGGACAGUACAGAUAGUCGGCGUAUGCGAGCAAUGGAGAUGACUGCCCGCAACCUGUGCUCCGAUUCAAACGCAGACGAGAACAUUUGUGAUGGUCUGAUCAAACGCAACGGCGGCGACACGGAGAUCACCGUUCCGCUGUCCUAUGCCCUCAGCUGUAAGAAAAUCAGUCCUAUCGAGGGCAACAAUCUGUACAGGUUAAGAGACAGAAAGUUUUUACUGGAGGAUAAAAAGCGCUUGUGUGCGUGGGCACUCGCCACCGCGCUGUUUGGAAUAACACUUAUGAUUCUCCAUAAUGAGCUGUGUCCUGUCAUAUAUCAAUCGGGAUCGGUGUACGCCCAGACCCUUAGCAGCCUCAUCAGCAUCUCGACUGGCUGUCUGCUCAUCCUCAUCAUAGCCUUCCAUUACAAGGAUGUCAGGCUCUUUGUCAUCGACCACAAUCAGCUGGACUGGCGCAUUGCUAUGACCAAACACCGCGUCCUGGGCAUCUCUCUGGAGCUGCUGGUCUGCGCCAUCCACCCCGUCGUCACGUACUGGUGGAGCCCAGAGACGGAGGUGAACGGCCAGAGGGCGCCCUCGCCGCCCCACGAGGCGUCCGAGGCGAACGCCUCCUCUCCGCUGUGCCUCUCGACGAGGCACAAGGCGCUGCGGGACGUGGAGAUCCUGAUGUCGGCCAUGAUGUUCCUGCGGCUGUACCUGGUGCACAGGACCAUCCUGCUGCACAGCAAGGUGCUGCUCAACGCCUCGUACCGCACCAUCGGCUCGCUCAACAAGAUCAACUUCUCCUUCCGCUUCCUGCUCAAGGUGCUCAUGAACAAGUACCCGGCUCGCACCCUGCUGGUCUUCAUCCUGCUCUUCUGGUUCUUGGCCUCCUGGACACUCACACUGUGUGAGAGGCAGAUGCAGAAGACAGCGGGGAAUAUGGAUACGGCCCUCUGGCUCACGGCCAUCACCUUCCUGACCGUGGGCUAUGGAGACGUGUCCCCGGUCACCAGCUGUGGCAAGGUGGUGUGCCUUUUCACAGGCCUCAUGGGUGUGGCCAGUACUGCCAUGAUGGUAGCCGUCAUGACGAGAAAGCUGGCUCUGAAUAAAGGAGAGAAGCACGUCCACUACUUCAUGACGGACAUCCAGAUCACAAAACGGUUUCCGACAACUGCGAGUCAAACAGAGGAAGUUGCGGGAUUAUGCCAGCGAGAUGGUGGACCUGCAGAAGAUGCAGAUGAUCAUGUACGACCUGAGUGCCAACUGGAACAACUCCUACCACGAGCUGGAGCAGCGCAUCUUAUCCAUGGAGCAGAAACUGGACGAGCUCAACCGCAGCCUUCAGCAGACAUCCCAGCUGCUGACCCAAGUCGUGGGCAGGCAGAGCCUAGAGCGCAGACACUCCCACGCGUCCGCUCCCCACAGGUGACUCCUGUGCCCACAGCCCACUGUAACAGCUGCUUGUGUGUGUCUAAGUCCCUCGCCUCUUCCCCAAGCCACUCCAUUUGGCGUCAUGGACUUUUCCCUUCAACUGUUCUGGACCUUAAUUGCUCGAGACUGUUUUUAAAAAUUUCUUAUAUAUUUGUUAAAAGUUAUGACAAAGUAUCUUAUAUAGAGAGAAUAUUGAGUGUAUUUAUGUCUGUUAUUUAUGCAUUGCUGAGAAAUGUCACAUUCGCAAACUGUGCCAGACCCUUGUGUGUCUAGGCAGCACCAUUGACAAAACGAACCAUUAACCAAGGCCAAGGUCAAACCUGUGGCUUAAAGGGCUCAUACUCAGUCCAACGAUGCACAGUUGCCGGGGGACGGGGGCAUUCCAUGCGUUCCCAUGUUUCCUGGGGCAAUUCACAGCAGUAGUUUUUACACAGUAUUACCAGUUACAUAGAAGCUCCAUCCAGGUGUUCUUUUCCUCACUCCAAUGGUCUGCCUUCAACUUAUAUACUGUAUGAGAGCCAGCUACCCUUAGUAUGCUGGCUAGAUCAAAUAAGAUACCCGUCACAAGCUCUCAUUUGCCAAGUAUACUUAGGUGACUGUGAUUGCCAAGUACAGUAUAGUCAGAGUGGCAUCACUUUUGCAAAAUAUGCCUCAGUAUCACUGAUGCUUCAAAGUGCAGGUUAGCGCCAUUUUUCCUACUGCCAAAUCACAGGACAGACAUCAGAUGAAUAUAGAUUAGCAACAGUUGCAUUUGGGUUUAGACACCUGAUGCUCACUAGUGCACUUUGCUUUGUUUCAACAGUUGUUAAAUAGCAAGGCAGCAACAUAUAGUUUGUAUUUGUCUUUAGAAAUGACUGACAGACACCAGUAUCCUUGCUAGUUAGGUAAGGAACCCACUGGUCAGUGAAUGCCUGUCUGUAGGCUACUCAACAUGAUGCUAACUAAACUAAUGGAACUACGGAUGCUAGUGUAACGAAAAAGUACACUAACACCUAGACUGAGUGCAGAUAGAUAGUGACACAAGAGGCCAGUGAAAGGCAUCCCAUUCCCUUUACGGGAGUCACCAUCUAGUGGUCAAAAGUGUGCAUUACAAUGAAAGUGUACCCAUGUAGCCUGACGAGCCAGACCCACAUUAAAAUGUAGGGUCUGGGCACUCACCGUUCGCAGUGCUCAGUCCGAGGGGCGGGAUAAUCAGUUGUCUUUCAAAUUCCCUCUGCACGCAAUAGG